AUGGCGCAUUCAUCUGCAAGUGCGGGUGAUUCACCACCUCCCUCAAGCACCGAUACAACCCAAAACAACCUCCAGCAUUUUUUUGUUCUUCACAAAGCAUCUGAAAAGUUAACUUGUAAUGGGAAAGCCCGAAAGAGGCUUGAUCUAAGCCCAACAAAGCUUAAGCCUGAGAAGAAGGAAUGGGAUGAGCGCUGCUUGCGAAUGGAAGCUUUUCAGUUGGUUUGGUCUGGAAUUGACUCCACUAUCAAGGACGUUCUGAGGAAUAUGAAUGCUCGUGUAUUUAAUGACAUACACAGCUGGGUACGGGACUCCUUCAAUACGAAUGCUAUCAAACCAUUUCCGCCACCUUCUCCCAUUGUCACCCACCAGCUCUUCACUGCGCUCCUUCUCACCAAGAAUAUGGAGUUUGUUGAUGAUUUCUUGACAUUUCAAGAGCUUGGCCUCUUCUUGAAAUCUCAUGGAUGCCAUGUGGCUAACCUUUCCUCCUUCGACUUUUCUCCCAAGAAUGGCAUUGCUGGUUGUCUCACAAGUUUAUUGAGACAGUUUUUGAUGCGGACUUUUGAUGCAGCUGAUAUGUCCAUAUUGGCAUCAUGGUACAGCCAGCAGGGAAACUAUGGUUCUCCAGUGGUUGUCAUUAUAAACGAUAUGGAACGAUGUUGUGGUCCUGUCUUGUCUGAUUUGAUUCUUAUGUUGAGUGAAUGGAUUGUCAAGAUCCCAGUCAUUUUAAUCAUGGGAGUUGCAACAACAUUGGAUGCCCCAAGUAACAUACUUCCUUCAAAUGUGCUCAAGAAGUUGCGCCCUUGCAAGUUCACAUUGGGAUCACCGGCUGAGAGGAUGGAUGCAGUUGUUGAGGCUGCUCUUGUGAGGCAGUGUUCUGGUUUCGCUGUUGGUCAAAAGGUGGCUAUUUUUCUGCGAAACUACUUCUUAAAUCAGGAUGGUACAUUGACAUCUUUUUUUAGAGCUUUGAAGAUAGCAUGUGUCCAACAUUUCUCCACGGAGCCUUUAAGCUUCAUGCUUGGACAGUUGCUUGCUAAAGAAGACAGCAAGGGAUUUCAGAGUGAGAAAGUGGUUAAGGGGGCAUCCGAAAUUUUACUUCAUGCAAGGGAUCAAAUGGCUGAACAAACUGAUAUCCCUAUAGCUCAUUGUUUGACAGAGUUGAAGAGAUUGCAGAUGGUCUGGAGCUCUAUUGUUCUGUGCUUAUAUGAAGCUGGGAAGUGUGGCAAAAUUCAAUUGUUAGACUUAUUUUGUGAGACACUUGAUCCAGAUAUUUACACCUCAUUGGCUUCUGAUAAUCCCACUGGAAUUGGAGAAAGUUUGGCUACAUCUUUGUCAAGUGAUCGCUAUAUGCUUGAACAAGAUUUGAGCUUCCAGAAGGGACAAACUAUUUGUCAGGUAGUACGCAAAGUUAGGGAUCUUCCUGCAGCAUUGCUCUGUCAGUUGCUCAAAAGUUGGGAAGUUCUCACCGUGGAUGUUCCUGAGAUUCACGACAAGGUAAAGGAGUUGCAGGCCUUGUUGAAAUUUGAGGGAGGAAGUUGUAAACCGGAUUUUACAGACAUAUCCAGGAGACAUACAUCUCACAGUCCCUUAAAAAUUGGGAAGUCACAAUCAAUAAAUGGAAAAGCUGCUAUACUAGUUGAUUGCAUGGUUAGGUAUUUCAUGAGGCCGAUUGAGUGCAUACAAUGUCACGAAAUUGUUUGCUUUAGAAAUGUUGAAAAACUUCAAUCGGCUUUGAUUGGAGAUUCAAGAAAGAGGAUUCAAGUGGAUCUUUUGGAGUUCCAUAAAAUCCUACGAUGCAGUUGCUGCAGCAGGAGUGGCAACAUUCCAUUGUCAUCCAUGCCCGAUACCUCAAUUGUGUAUACCUUGGCUCAAGAGCAUGGCGAUCUUAUCAAUCUUCAUGACUGGUUCCAGUCUUUCAAAACAAUUGCCAGUCAGCCCAGUAGGAAAGGGGAGUGCAAGUUGAAGCAGUCCCCACUACCGAAAAGACGAAAGGACGUGAAUGAAUCUGAAAACAAGAGCGAAGCAUCUAUUCAGUAUCCUUUUGUUUUUUCAUACUGCACAGUGCACAUCUUCGUUUUCUCUAACAAUGGAAUGUGCACUAUAGAAUUACAUCAUGGGGGCUGGUUUGAAAAUGGUGCUUAUAAGAAGGGUAAGGUCUGUUAUGUGGAUAUUAUAAAGGAUUUUCUGUCCUUGUGUAAAAAUUUUGAUGGUGGAUUGGAGCUUGUUACAUCGGAUGCUACAGUGGUUGAAAUGAUUGGUCACAUACCAUCCAAUAAGGUUAUUGUGUUAUACUAUAGUGAGAUUGAAGACUAUGAGUAUGAUGCAGAUGCAGAGAAUUGUAAUGGGGAUUUGACUCAGAAUUACCAAGUGAAUGGGGUGGAUUAUAUUAAAGUUGAAGAUGAGGAGACUUUUGAGAAUGUUGGGACAAAAGUGGCAAAUGAAGAUGCUGUCAAAGAGGUACCAAAUGAAGAUGUAGGGGCAGAAUUACCAAAUGAAAAUAUAGGGGCACAUUUCACAAUUGAUAAUGAAUGGGCAGAAUUGCCAAAUGAGGAUAUAGGGGCACAUGUGACAAUUGAUAAUAAAGGGGCAGAAUUGCCAAAUGAAGAUGAAGAUGAAGAUGCAGAUUCAGAAAUUAAAGACAGUGAUUAUGAGUUCAGUGAAAAUGAGGCAGAGGAUAGACCAACUGUUGGAGAGAAUGCAGCAGAUGAGGGGACUAGUCAUGGUGCUCCAGGAGAAGUGUCAUCAUAUGGUGCUGACACGUUAGAAUUUGAUAGUGGAAGUGAGACUGAUUCUGAGGAAGAAUUGAAAACUGCAAACAAGGGUAGUACAGUGAAGAUUAAAACUCAGAUUGUGAAUGGUGAGACAGUGUUUCAAAUGAUAUAUGUGUGUUUGGCUGCCUGUAAGAAGGGAUUUUUAGAAGGUUGCAGACCUGUUAUUGGUGUUGAUGGCUGCAAUUUGAUAGGGCCUUAUCCUGGACAGAUCUUGAUGGCUGUUGGGGUGGAUGGGAACAAUGGACUUCUACCUGCCAUUGAGAAAGUACUUCCAUCAUCAGAGCACAGGAUGUGUGUGAGACACUUGUACAGUAACUUUAGGGCAUCACAUAUUGGUCUUGCUCUGAAACAUAUAUUAUGGGCUGCAACAAGAGCUACAACUGUGCCUUGGUGGGAGGCAGAAAUGGAGAAGAUGAAAAAUGAGGAUGAGGAAGCAUGGAAGUGGUUGAAGAAGAGACCUGCAAAAAAUUGGAGCAGAUCUCACUUCGGAUCACAUUUUAAAUGUGAUCUUUUGUUGAAUAAUCUAUGUGAAAGUUUCAAUGCAGCCAUACUAGAUGCAAGGGAUAAGACAAUUUUGAGUUGCUUGGAGAGGAUAAGGGUGUAUAUGAUGCUUAGGAUGGCUAGUAAGAGGUCUGCAUGUCAGAAUUGGAGAUACUCUGUUGGGGCCUAG